AUGAAGGUCUACCAUUACUACUUGGUCUCAAGCGUAGCGCUGUAAGUGAUCUACAUCCUUCAGGGUGAGAUGUCAGUACCAAUUUGCAGCUCCUACCUCUGUGACGCCAUGUUCAGUGCCAUUGCAUUCAUUUCGCUGCAACCACUGCCAUGUUUAGCAUUUCUUGGUGUUAUGGGCCCUUCAAUUAGUUCGCAUCCAUUGACGGCGGCAUCAACGGCAGUGUUGAUCGUCUCCAGUCGGUGUGCCGCUAUCAUCAUACAAUGCAUUUAUCGGAUCUUGCAAGCCGUCCGACCACAGAUGAUGUCUUAUCCACUUUUCUAUAGGUUCUUCCAUGAUCACUUCGUGAUCACGUACUUUUUGAUAUUACUCAUGGUCUACGCUUGCAUCUGGGUAUGUGCUCAAAAUAUAUCACUCUCUCAUGAAAAUAAUGAGCAUAAUGUCGCAUCGGCCUUGUGUCGCGUGAAAAUCAAAUUGCUUUUCACUUCAGCGACACGAUCGGCGCAGCGACAUUGUGCUCAUUAUUUUCCCGACAAACUGAUAGAUACCCCUAAUAGAUGACUAAUAGACUGAUAGAUGAUUCUCGAAACUCUGAAAAAACAGGCUAUGACCGCCUAUCGAAAAUGCCGACUGUACGGUCUGUCGGGAAAAUAAUGUGGAUUGGAAUCGCCCAUCAUCGCUUUACGGUGACUUGCCGCGGCUAGAGAAGAUUUUAUUUGGUGCGCGGCUGUGACGAGUCGAGCGAUCUUUCAGCCCCAUAUAAGGUCGUGAAGCGCUUGGAGGAGGGGGAGGUGGUCACUAAUCCAAAGGAGAAAGAGUAUAGGGUUUAUUGGGACGAAAUGAAGCGCACACACGCAACCGGAAUCCGGAGGCAGAAUUAAAAGAUAUUGGGAUUGUCUGUUGUAUUUAUACUUUCUAGCUUAUUCAAAUUUCCUGGGAACUUGGGUGAGAACCCAACAGAUACCUUGCUUCUUUUACAAACCUCGUAAUAUCAGUCUGUCGGGAAAAUAAUGAGCAUAAUGUUGCAUUUAAAGUCGCCCGCCGAUGAGAGAAUGAAUUGUGUCGCGGGGAAAAUCAAUUUUUUUUACUUCAGCGAUGCACGUCACACUGAGGAGUCCGGUGACCGGAAUAGACUCUUCGCUAUCGGUUUUUUACACUUCGUCUUGAUUUCACAAAGAAGUCAGAAUAAAAGACGCGAAAAAACGUACUCUCUCGCCGUAAAAAAUCCCCAUUUCUUCCCCGACUAAAAGUUUUUUCGGUUUUUUUUGCGGAUUGCCAACCUGUUCACCGGACUCGGCGCAGCGAUAUUGUGCUCAUUAUUUUCCCGACAGACACCCGAGUAUGGGCUUUUCCAAUCCACUCAUUUACAGGGUCCCAUGCUGCUGACAUUUCCGGACCAAGACGUUCAAAAACAACUCCUCUUGGAGUCGGUCCCUAUCAUGGCCGACGUCUACGAACGUUUCCCCCACAUUCAAUGCGUCACAUAUGGCACGGACGUGGGCACCAGCCUCUGGAUCCCACUCAUACUCGCCAUUAUCGUCCCAAUUUUCGUAGCGGGCAUGGUGUACGGAGUGUACAAGCAGGUGAGGAAAAACAAACACCUCCAGAAGACCAACCAUCUGCAUCGGAUGUUGUUGCGGUCGUUGAUUGUGCAGAUUCUCGUCCUCACCCUGUUCAUCUGCCUUCCCGCCUACACCUUGCUGUUGCUUCCGUCCUUCGGGGUGCAUGGCGCUCCGAGACUCUCGGUCUACUGCGUCACCUUCUAUUUCAUGGAGACCAAUGUGGAAUGUCUGAUGUUGUUGUGGUUUGUGAGGCCGUACAGAGAGCAAUGUCGGCAUAUCCUGCGAUUUGGCUGGCGUAGGAAGGGCGUGUCGCUAACGACAGUAAUAACUUCGGCGUAUUCAUAG